AUGCCUGAACUUCGAGUAAUACAUUCCAUCCUUGUUGUUAAUGAGCAAACAGAGUUCUUCCUUAAUGAUAGAUACUCCUCAUGGACAAGGUUGAGUAGAAUCACCGCCUAUUUAUUACGUUUUGGCAGCAAUGCUCGCAACAGCGAACCUUCGACACGACAUGUUGACCCUCUAAGCAUUCUUGAGAUCAACAAGGCCAUUACACUGCUGCUAAAAAAUCUUCAAACGCGUGCGUUUGAGCAAGAAGUAUUUGAUUUAAGAGUCGACAAAAUGGUAGGGCGACGUAUUCCUCUGYGCACCCUCAAUCCUUUCAUGGAUACUGAUGGACUUAUACGGGUGGGUGGCAGACUAUCGAAUGCUGACAUUGGGUUUAAUAGUAAAUCUCCCAUAGUAUUACCAUCCAAGAGCAAUAUGACUCAACUCAUUUUUAAACAUGAACAUAAUAGAUUGCUUCAUAUAGGCCCACAAGGCCUGCUAGCUAAUAUACAUCUACGGUAUUGGCCGCUGCGUGGGCGGUUAAUUGCGAAGAAAACAGUGAGGAAUUGUAUUACCUGUUUCCGUUCAAGUCCUAAAUUCAUCACUCCAUUAAUGGCGCCCCUUCCACGGGAGCGAGUAAAUAUUGAGCGGCCAUUUGCUCGUACAGGCGUCGACUUUUGUGGUCCUAUUCUCAUUCGCAGUGGCAUCAGAAGAGUUGUGAGCGUCAAGUGUUAUAUAGCUGUCUUUGUCUGCUUCGUCACGCGUGCUGUGCAUUUAGACUUGGUUAAUGGACUCACAUCCGAUGCAUUCUUGGCUGCCCUGAUCAGGUUCAUGGCACGCCGAGGACACUGCAGUCACAUUUACAGUGACAAUGGAACUAAUUUUGUAGGGGCCAACAAGGUGUUAUAUUCAUACUUCAWAAAAAYCAAGGGGCAACGUACAGUUGAAGAAGAGCUGUCGCAUCACCAUGUUCAAUGGCAUUWUAUACCACCGUCAGCACCCCACUUUGGUGGGUUGUGGGAGGCUGCGGUCAAGUCGACCAAAAAACAUUUGUUAAAAGUGAAUACUAUGGGCCUUCUUACCUUUGAGGAAAUGGGCACCAUGCUAUGCAGAAUAGAAGCUGUGUUAAACUUGCGCCCUGUAUCACCAAUGUCGGAUGAUCCAUCAGAUUUUACUGCAUUGACUCCGGGUCACUUUCUGGUAGGUGGUGUUCUUACAUUGCCUGCUGAACCAGACAGUACUGGCAUACCCUUGAAUCGAAUAAGGCGAUUAGAACUCGUAAAGGUACAAGCUCAGACGUUUUGGAAUCGCUGGAGUUCUGAGUACUUACCACAACUCCAUAAGAGAGGUUGCUGGCUCUCAAAAAAGGACAAUACUGAAGUUGRAUCCCUUGCAAAUGAGGACAAUUUGCCACCAAUGAAGUGGAUUAUGGUCAGAGUCAUUCAAGUUCAUCCUGGGUCAGAUGGAGUGGUGCGUGUUGUCACUGUACGUAACUCAGCGAGAAGAGAAUUCCAGCGUCCAGCUACAAAACUUGCUGUUCUACCCAAYGUCAAGGAUGAAGAGGAGCUUGUCUAA